AUGAAUGUUGGAACCGGGCCAAACUGCAACCCUUCCCGGGACUCGGCCCAAACACCUGCAGCUUGCUAUAGUAAGAGACCCCGCUUAGUGAUAGCCUUAGAAACCAAUUACGGUCACCAAGUUUUGUUUCCUGCCACCAACACCAAUCUUGGUCAUCAGAAUUCUUGGACAGUAAUGUCAGGUCGGGCCAGGACCCGAGCCCGAGGCCGCGCGCGAGGUCGGACGCCCUCUCAACCCGCCACCCCGCCGGGAGCCGCCGCGCCUCCGCCGCCGCGAGCCGCCGCGCCUCCGCCGCCGCGAGCCGCCGCGCCUCCGCCGCCGCGAGCCGCCGCGCCUCCGCCGCCGGGAGCCGCCGCGCCUCCGCCGCCGGGAGCCGCCGCGCCUCCGCCGCCGGGAGCCGCCACAGCGACCCAGCAAACUGGUCAAAUUCAGCCUGGCCUCCAGCCACUGGAAAGUCCAGUGGUCAAGCCUGCACGACGAAGAAGACCAAGAAGAACACCUCAGCCUCCAAAAGAACUUCAGCUGGGGGCUGGAUUGCAGGCAUUGUCACUGAAGGGGAAAAGGGGUAUUGGAGCCAUUUUUCAAGACCAGGUGGUGAAUACCCGACAGUACUUGGAACAUGUGAAAGACUCCACAACAGGAACGCAAGGUAGAGUGGUAAAGCUAUUCACCAACCAUUUCCGAGUGACCUCUCGCCCUGAACUCCUCACGUAUAAGUAUAACAUUGAUUACAUGCCAGAGAUUGAAGAUGGAAAAGUUCGUACAGAUUUGCUUUGCCAGCAUAAACAUGUAAUUGGAGAGUGUCACAUAUUUGAUGGGAACUCUUUAUUACUGCCUCAUAAACUACAAAAGCAGAAAACAGAACUGGUCAGCCGAUGGGGCAAAAAGAUUGUGAAGGUCACCAUUGAAUUCUGCAGUGAACUCAAACCCACCUCACUGGACUGCUUACGUUAUUACAACAUUCUCUUUAGAAAAAUUUUGAAGAUGAUGGAUUUGAAGCAAGUUGGUCGCAACUAUUACAACGAGAAUGAGGCCACGGAGUUCCUCAAUCAUAAGCUGGUAAUCUGGCCUGGAUAUAGUACUUCUAUUCUUGAGUAUGAAACCAGCAUUACCCUCUGUGCUGAUGUGAACCAUAAACUGCUCCGAAUGCAAACUGCUUAUGAUCUAAUAAUGCAUGUUGAUAACAAAUCCCAAAGGAAAGAUGCUAAGGAAAUUUCUAAAGAAUUAGUUGGAUCAAUUGUUUUUACAAAGUAUAACAAUAGAACUUAUCGAGUGGAUGCUAUUAAUUGGGAGGAGACUCCCAGAAGUACGUUUAAGAAAUCAGGUGGUGAGGAAAUCACCUUUGUAGACUACUACAAGGAGCAACAUGGUCUAGUGGUUACUGACCUAACUCAACCACUUUUGGUCAGCAAAGGCAAAUGGAAAAAGAGCCAACAGGACACGCCCCAUGAGCCUAUAAUGCUGGUUCCUGAGCUAUGCUACCUGACAGGUCUAACAGAUGAAAUGCGUAAAGACUACAGGGUGAUGAGAGACUUGGCUAUGCAUACAAGGUUGGAUCCAGAAAAAAGGCAGCAUGAAUUACGAAGAUUCAUGAAUAUUGUACAAAAAAAUAAGAGUGCACAAAGGGAACUCCAACUUUGGGAUUUGAAAUUUGACCCCAACUUCGUGUCCUUCUCAGGAAGAAUUAUGAAAGAAGUAAGAAUUCUUCAAGGAAGCAGAGCGUUCAACUCCCAUCCACAAUUUGCAGAUUGGUCAAAAGAAACUAGAAGUGGACCUUUACUCAAUGUGAAGUCACUAGAUCAUUGGCUAGUGCUAUAUCCUAGGAGAAAUUAUGGAGCAGCCUUGUCCUUGCUACAGAGCCUACGGAAAGUUACACCCACCAUGGGCAUAGCUAUGAGAGACGCAAAAAUGCUUGAAGUAAAUGAUACAGUCCAAUCCUAUACAACCAUCUUAGAAAACCAUGUGUCAUCCAAAACACAGAUGGUCCUUUGUGUGCUGUCCAGUGACAGGAAAGACCUGUAUGAUGGCAUUAAAAAAUACCUGUGCGUCAAUUGCCCCAUCCCAAGCCAGUGUGUGGUGGCACGGACCUUAGACAAACCCCAGACACUGAUGACCAUUGCUACAAAGAUUGCCCAGCAGAUGAACUGCAAGAUGGGAGGAGCCCUCUGGAAGGUGGAAACAGGAUUACGGAAUGCAAUGUUCGUCGGUAUUGACUGUUUCCACGAUAUUGUAAAUAGACGGAAGUCCAUUGCAGGCUUCGUGUCCAGCGUCAAUCAGGAAUUAACACAGUGGUUCUCUCAGUGUGUCUUCCAAGAAGCGGGGCAGGAGCUUGUGAGUGGGCUGAAAGCCUGCUUGGAAGCUGCCCUGAAGCUCUGGUAUAAACAUAAUCUAUUUCUGCCACAAUCCAUCAUUGUGUAUCGGGAUGGAGUGGGGGACGGUCAGCUUCAAGCACUGAUUGAACACGAAGUACCACAGAUUCGGUCCUCCUUAAAAUCUGUUUACGGCGACGAGUCUAAGGUCCGACUAACUGUCGUUGUGGUGAAGAAACGAAUAAAUACCAGAUUUUUUGCUGAGUAUCAAGGAAGACUUCAAAAUCCACUUCCAGGAACGGUUAUUGAUGUGGAGGUGACCAAGAGGCAAUGGUAUGACUUUUUUAUCGUGAGCCAGUCUGUGAAAGAUGGUACUGUCACUCCCACUCACUAUAAUGUUAUCCAUGACACCGUUCACUUCACCCCAGAUGGAAUACAGUGUCUAACUUACAGACUAUGCCACAUGUAUUAUAAUUUGUCAGGUGUCAUUCGAGUCCCUGCUCCUUGUCACUAUGCCCAUAAACUGGCUUACCUUGUGGGCCAGAGUAUCCACCAAGAACCACACUAUUCCCUGGCAAGCCGUCUCUUUUACCUGUGACCCACAGAAGAGAGCCUGACGACUUGUUGAAAGCCACCAUUUGUGAACUUAUUUUUCCUUUUUAAGCUGUCCUUCUGAGAUACUUUCCUCGAUGCAGUUUUAAAUUAUAAUCAUUAUUGGUUAGACAUGAGGGUUCAGAGUGGCGCAUGCUUUGGGCAAUACUACCACUGACUGAACAUGACCCUUCUAUUUUCCAGGCAGGAAAAUGGGCUGUGAGGGUUUUGUCUUGCAAUCCACCUUUGAAAUGUGUUACAGUGACUUUAUGAUUGACCAUGCCUGAACACUUGGUGUUCUGAGCAAGUUACUGUACUCAGUGUAGUGGCUGGAUGUUAGUCACGUGCACAGGUAGAUUGUACUUGGAAAAUAAAGCUUUUUGAAACACUUAGUUCUUAAAGAACAGCAAAGCUCUAAAAAAAAAAAGGCAAAAUUAAAAGGGGAUUUAUUUGUGUUAAUUAAAAUUUUGUAUAAAAGAAAUAACAUGUAUGUAGUAUCGAUUACUCUUUGGACUGGGGUGGAAAUUUGAAAUGUAUCUCUGGUAGAGAUGUAAUGAGGAGAGCCUUUUGCUUUAAGAGUUGACAGCUUAGGAACAUCAAAAUGUUUUGUCACUUUUUCCACAAAGAAGCAAAAUGAAGAGCUCUAUUAGCACUUCUGACUAAUUCAUUCUCUUGUGCAUGUUCUAAGUGGGACAUUAUUGUUAACUGGACUGUAAUCAAAAGGGUCCUGGGUAAUUUGUUAAAAUGAAGCUAUUGUGUCUUUCUCAAAAACAGAUACUUUUUUUCUCUCUCUUCCCUUAAAACUAUCUUUAAAUAGAUUCAGGAAAUAUGUGAAACUUUGUUGUUGUUGUUUUUAAUAUUCCUACAUAGAAUCAUAUUUUGGGGAGCAGUAAGGAGUUGAUUUGUUUCAGACAUAACAAAAAAGGAUAUGUUUAAAAACAAUAGAAUUUCUUUGAUCAUAAGUUAAUCAGUUUAGGUUUGCAAUUUGAACCAGUUUUCUAAGAAAUAAAAUUAAAACAAAAGUCAUUUUGAAAUAUAUUGUAAUCCAAGUAAUAGCUUACCUAGCAGGAUUGGCAAUAAUUAUAAAUAGAAUAUAGAGGAUGGGUCUAUAAUUAAAGAUAAAUUAAGGUAACGUGUUUUUUUCUGAUGCUAGAUUUUGACUUAGGAUAAUACAUUUCUAGAGAUCUAUAUAAAAUGGAAAGAACAAAUUCAAAGUAGUUAUUAAAACUUUCUGAACAUUUCCCAUAAGUACAAGACAAAUCAUUUAUUUAUAACAGUAUAUACAAAUUUCAAGAUUUAUAAAUUUAAAAUGAUGUAAUAAAGGUAUUCAUGUUA